AUGGGAGAAGCUGAAGAGUUUGAGCCAGUGUUGGCCUGGUUCUCAGCAUACACCGAGGCCAAGGACCCCGCCAAAGAACCACCUUUUCAAAAUGCCGCAACCCAAGUCCUUGCUGUGGAAACCGACAGUUUGUAUCAAAAUUGCCUAUCACCCAGCUUGAUGCCUCCGUCUCGAGAAGUUGCCGACGCAAUGGUCGAUGCCUACCUCAAUUCAUUUGAGUUGGUGCAUCGGAUUUUACACAUACCUACCUUUUGGACCGAGUACCACGAGUUCUGGGAUCAUCCGGAAACCACAACUAUGGAUAUCCGUCUGAAAAUACUGCUCGUCAUCGGCAUGGGUUCAAGCCUGUCGGAACAUGGAAAUGUCACGCUCCGGCAAACGGCAACCCAUUGGGUCUACGCGGCUCAAAACUGGCUGUCUGGGCCUUUGGAGAAAGACAGACUUGGCAUAACAGGUCUUCAAGUCCAUUGUCUCACGAUGCUCGCGCGCCAAAUAUUCUCGGUCGGCGGAGAUCUGAUAUGGAUGUCCAUGGGGUCACUCAUUCACCGAGCUAUGCAGAUUGGCCUGCACCGAGACCCCAAGCAUUUGCCGAAAAUGUCGUUUCUUCAGGCGGAGCUACGAAGAAGAUUGUGGGCAACCAUUCUCGAGCUGGUUGUACAGUCAUCUUUGGAUUCCGCUAUGCCCCCAAGACUAUCGUUUAGUGAGUUCGAUACAGAGGCCCCAUCGAAUAUCAAUGACGAUGAGAUGGACGAGUCAACCGACAUAGUUGAGCCCCAUCCGCGACGUGUGUUCACGAAUACCUCACUUCAACUACUGCUACUAGACAGUCUUCCAACCCGCUUGAAGAUUCUUCAAUUACUGAACGAUCUACACUCAGAACUCUCUUACACAGAUGCCCUUGCCCUUAGCGACGAGAUCACCACGGCUUGUAGAGAAAACAUGGCGUUUGGUAAACGAUCUGAGGCCCGAGAGAUAACCACUUUCCAUCGAAAUCUCGUAGACUACUUGGUACGGCGCUUCAUGUUACCCCUGCACUGUCCUUUCGCCAGCAAAGCGCGGUCGAACCCCUUAUUCCACUACUCGAUUAGAGCCAGCCUAGACGCUUCUAUGGCAAUCAUUUCUCCGGAACCUGACGAUAAUUUCUCUCGGCUGACGGCGCUGUCUGGUGGUCUUUUCAGGGAAGGAUUUAGGUAUGCCAUAGCGACUAUUAGUUUGGAAUUCCUUGCCGUGGCGAAAUCGCAGCAGGUGGAUGGGACCAUUCAUCGAGACGAUCGUUACAGAGCGCUCCUGAAGAGUUCGGUCAAAGACUUGAUUGAGAUGUCAGCUGAGAGAAUUCGACAAGGAGAUACUAAUAUCAAAGGCCAUAUGUUUCUCAGCAUGAUUGUAGCUCAAGUCGAAGCAAUGGAGGAGAGUCACUCUGGGGAACACAUGAUCGCACAGUCUGCGAAGAACAGCCUUGACUUCUGUAACUCUGUACUCCAGAGAAGACUAGAAAGUGUUCCAUCGCCAUGGAGCACUGAUACAUCCACGAUGGCAGCGGAUCGUGAGGGACAGGAAGCGUUCGCGAUAGACUGGGCCUUUGAUUUCUUUCUACCAGACACAGACUUUGCUGCUUCUUAG